AUGAAUUGGAAUAAGGGAUGGAAUUUUGAAAUUCAGAGAGAUGUUUUAGUUGUUCUAAGUGCACUUUUCCAUCAACAGGAUAAACACUGUUUCAAUAUUGAUGAUUCUGAUGAAGCAUUGGAGACCUUUAGAGUAAAGUUUAUCAAAUAG